UCUGGUAUAAUUUUUUUCUUUGACACAACACAAUCCAUCCACAUCUCCAAAGAUCAAAUGGGCCUACCCCAAUUGCUUUCCUGGUUGAGAUAGUCCCCAUUAGAAGAAAAAUAAAGAGAAAGGUAAAAAGAAAGCAGCAGCAAAGAAAGGGAUUUGAGAAGGAAAAAGACUACACACAAAAGAAGAAGAUAUGGAGAAGAUGUUCAUGAUGAUGAGCACCAAUAGUACUCCUCCUCCUAGCCCAGGAAAUACCAGAAAUAUUGAAAUCACCACCUCCGCUUUCCCUACCUGGAAACUGUACGAAAACCCUUUUUAUAAUUCUCAAAAACCCCAUCAAAAUCCACCCCUACAACCACAAAACCAGCAGCAGCAAUGCCAAAACUUUAGCAACAAGCAACCGCAACAAGAAGUUCACCAUUGCCUGCACCUCCCCAUCUCCGCCCGCAAGCUCGCCGCUUCCUUCUGGGAUCUCACCUUCUUCAAGCCGGCAAUGGAGUCCGAGAUGGAUUACACGCGAGCCCAGAUCAUCGGAAUGAAAGCCGAGCUCGAGUACGAGCGGAAGGCGCGCAAGAAGUUGGAGAGUUCGAAGAAGAGGUUGGCCAACGAGUUGGGGGAGGAGAGGAGGGCAAGAGAAGCGAUCGAGAGGGUUUGCGAGGAGCUUGCUAGAGAAAUUUCUUUCGGGAAGUCAGAGAUCACGAAGAUGAGGAAAGAGAUCGAGGAGGAGAGGAAAAUGCUUCGAAUGGCGGAGGUGCUGAGGGAGGAGAGAGUUCAGAUGAAGCUCGCCGAGGCGAGACUUCUGUUCGAAGAGAAGGUGUUAGAGUUGGAGGGGUGUAAACAAAUGCUGUGUGCCGCCGAGAACUCACAUUUCAAGAUCAAACAUAAAAAUGAGGUUGUUAACGUUGCUAGUUUGGAUAGUUCCAGUGGAAAGUCUGGGGCUCUUUGUGGUGAUCGGAACAAUGAUUCUGUUUCCAGUUUUUCUACUGCAACUUCAAGGGAAGUGCUUUUGGGUGAAAAAGCAGCUUUCAGUGAAAACAGCGGUGGAUUUUCAUCCAUGGCGGUUCAGAAAAGAGCCUCACCAGAACCAGAAAAUCCUCACAUAAAGAGAGGGAUCAAGGGGUUUGUUGAAUUCCCAAGAGUUGUCAGAGCAAUUGGAUCAAAAAGUAGGCAUUGGGGCACAAAGCUUGAGUGCCAAAAAGCUCAGCUCAGAAUUCUGAUGAAGCAAAAGAGCCCCAUUAGAUCCAAUAGUUUCAUUAUUAGUUGAAUGAUCGUAAUGUGAAUUGGAAAAUCCGUCAAAAUUAUCAUUUUUCAAAUUUUAAUUGUUUGAAUGAUCAAUUUUUUGCUCUGUAUGUCGUUGAUCAAUUCAGCAAUUAAAAUUUGACUUCUGAUUAUUUUACGCCAUUUUUCAUGUUAGUUUAUUUUUUUAAUUAUUAUUUUUUCUUAAGUGGAUUGUCGAAAGAGUGGUAUGAUUUUUGUGCUUAUUGCACAUUUUUGUGUAUGAUGAAAUUAAUCAGAAAAAGUCUUGCUUUGGAUC